AUGCGUUUCGAACUCGCCGUUGGCGUUUUUCAGGCUGCUGUAUUUGCCAGUUUUGCUCAGGGGCAGAACUCCUCCUUCAGCGAUACUCACAUAUCCCGGCUGCCCGAGGAGGAGGUCCAGCUCUUGCUCGGAUUAGUGGCUCUUCCGAUUCCACCAGUGAAGAAGCCCACCAAGAAAAUCCUAAGCCCGGUGACAGGCAAAGAAAUCUGGUACUAUGAACUAGAGAUCAAGCCCUUCACGCAGGCGGUUUACCCCAACCUUCGCCCUGCCACGCUUGUAGGCUACGAUGGCAUGUCUCCCGGACCGACCUUGAUCAUCCCCCGCGGUACGGAGUCUGUAGUUCGAUUCAUCAACAACGCUGCUGCCGAGAACUCUGUUCAUCUCCAUGGCUCAUACUCCCGUGCCCCAUUCGAUGGAUGGGCUGAAGACAUCACCAACCCUGGGGAGUAUAAGGACUAUUACUAUCCCAACCAACAGUCCGCCCGGUUGCUUUGGUACCACGAUCACGCUAUGCACAUUCUGAGAACGCCUACAUGGGUCAAGCAGGAGCUUAUGAUUGAGGAUGAGGCAGAGAAGGCCCUCGACCUGCCAUCAGGCUAUGGAGUCUAUGACAUCCCCCUUAUUCUCACCUCAAAGCAGUACAACGAUUACGGCACGCUGUUCUCAACCAAAGGGGAGACAAACAACCUUUGGGGUGAUGUUAUUCAUGUCAAUGGUCAGCCGUGGCCCUUCCUUAAUUUUGAGCCCCGCAAGUAUCGGUUCAGGUUUUUGGAUGCCUCUGUAUCCCGCGCAUUCGCGUUGUACCUCGUCAACUCCAACGCGCCCAACGGGAAGCUGCCCUUCCAGGUUAUCGCCUCCGACGGUGGUCUUCUGACGAAGCCUGUUCAAGUUUCUGACCUUUAUGUCUCCCCGGCCGAGCGGUAUGAGAUUGUGAUUGACUUUGCCAAGUACGCUGGACAGAGACUCGAGAUCCGUAACUUUCCCAAAGCCGGUGGUGUAGGCGUUGAGGACGACUUCCUGAACACCGAAAAGGUCAUGCAGUUUGUCGUUGACACGACCGCAUCUUCACCCGACACCUCCACAGUCCCAGAAACCCUUCGUUCCGUACCGUUCCCCGAGUCACGCAUCAACGGCGUGGGUUUCGCCGACGUCGAGAACCGCAUCUUGGCCAAUGUUCCACGAGGCAGCGUCCAGAUCUGGGAGCUGGAAAACAGGUCAGACGGUUGGUCGCACCCUAUCCACGUCCACCUCGUCGACUUCAAAGUAAUCGGCAGAGAUGGUGACCACGGUGUCAUGCCGUACGAGGCAGAGGGACUCAAGGACGUCGUCUGGCUGGGCCGAGGUGAAUCUGUGCUCGUCGAGGCUCACUACGCACCUUGGGAUGGAGUCUACAUGUUUCAUUGCCACAACCUCAUCCACGAGGACAGCGACAUGAUGGCGGCUUUCAACGUCACCGUUCUUCCUGAUUUUGGGUACAACGAAACCAAGUUCAUUGAUCCGAUGGAGGAGCGGUGGAGGGCAAAGCCAUAUGUCAUGGCAGAUCUCCGCACGCGUGCCGGGCCCUUCUCUGACACCGCGAUCGAGGAGUGUGUGCAGUUCAUGGCCAACACUGAGGCUUACAGUAAGGUAGAAGAUGUCAGCCAGAAGCUUGGAGAGUACUGGGACAUCCAUUGA